AUGGUGCGUACCGGUGCGGGUGUUGACAUCAAGAAGCACCACGUCAAGACGGGCCACCGCACGGCGCCCAAGAGCGAGGACCCUUACCUGCUGCUGCUUGUGAAGCUCUACCGCUUCCUUGCGCGCCGUACGGACUCGCGCUUCAACAAGGUGAUCCUGCGCCGCCUGUUCAUGUCGAAGAUCAACCGCCCGCCGGUCUCGGUCUCGCGCGUGAUGUACCUGUCGCGCCACCAGGGCGGUAUCGCCAAGGAUGCGUCGGAGACGCCGAAGACGGUGGUCGUUGUCGGCACCAUCACCGACGACAACCGCGUGCUUGAGCUGCCCAAGCUCAGCAUCGCUGCGCUCCGCUUCACCCACACCGCGCGCGCGCGCAUCGAGGCCGCUGGCGGUGAGUGCCUGACCCUGGACCAGCUGGCGAUGCGCGCCCCGACCGGCAGCAACACGAUCCUGAUCCGCGGUCCCAAGAACGCCCGCGAGGCUGUCAGGCACUUUGGCUUUGGCCCCCACAAGCACAAGAAGCCGUUUGUGCGCUCCAAGGGCCGCAAGUUCGAGAAGGCGCGUGGCCGCAGAAAGUCGCGCGCCUUCCGUGUGUAA